AUGAUGAAACUCUUUUUCCUCCUUGUUGCAGUAUUGCUUCUGCACCAACAAAGCAGUGCCUUCAGUCCAUCCGCAAAGAAAUUGGCAUCAGUGGAGAGUUCUUCGUCUCUGGAUGAUCGAAGAGCGUUCCUUGCCCAAACCAUUGCAUUAUCUGGAGCAUUCCUAGCAAAUGUGGCGCCUGCUCAAGCCUCCGGGGGUGCCACUGCUGGUGGAGCAUACUUGCUGUCCGCCAAGCAGCGGUAUAACGAUCGCGUGGUCAAGGGUAUCAAAGGAUUCUUGGCAUUGGAAGGUUCCCUCAAAGGAGGCAGUGUGGAUGAAGCCAAGGCAUACUUUGCCGCAGACGAAGCGGGAACGUGGGGAGAUAUCAGCACAGCGGCGUACUUGUUAGCCAAUGCAUUCCGUCGCAGUUCCAACCAAGCCCCAGAUAGUCUCCCAGCGGUGAAGAAAUGGAAGGCAUUCGUAAAGGAACUUGAUGCUUUGCAAAAGAAACUCAAGAAGAAAGAUGCUGCAGGUUCUUUGGAAAUUUUCAAUGGAGCCAUGGAAGCACUGGACGCAUACCUUGCGGAAGUUGACUUACCUUCUGUUGCAGAGCUGAAAUAG